CUCUGAGGAUCAUCUGCGCUGAGUUCUUUCUGCUCAACCACAAUGAGUCCGCAGUCUUGUUGAUACAGCCGCAUUCUUUCGCCCCCCCUUUCCACUAAUUUUGGGAUUUUUUUUGGGGGGGGAAACUGAGGGAGCUGCUCCCUCCCUUACAUCCCCAGGAAAAACCUGUGGUAGCUCUCACCACCUCCCUCCUCCACCCUCACAGAUGCAAGCGGUGAGUGUUUCACAUCAGCCGGGAUCAUUCCAGCUCAACUUCUGUGUCUCAUGCUCGCAGAGGACGUCCAGCUACAGGAGUUUGGUGUUGAUAAAAAUGUAUUUUUUGCCAUGUUAAUUGCUCAAGCGUUAACUGAGGAGGGAAGAGACCUUCUGUGCUGGACAGACUGAGACCCCUCAGAGUUCUCCUCUGCCCUCCUAAAAUCGGACAUGGGGAAAGUCUACUACGUCAGUAAAAACGUGGGCCUCGGGUUGCUUGUGCUGGCGGUCAUUGGCCUGUUUACGAUUAUGGCUUUAUCCAUUGCCUACGACAAGGAAAAGGCCAAGAAUCGAGGCAAGCCUGAAGAUGGAACAGACAGCACCAGCAUGCGUACGCCCCUCACCACCCCCUUCACCCCCAAGGAGCCCUGGGACCGCUACAGACUUCCAGACUCCCUCGUUCCCGUCUCCUACAGCAUCAACCUGUGGCCCCGACUGAAGCCCAGAGCAGAUGGCCUGUACGUCUUCAAUGGACAUUCGGCGUUGAUCUUCAGAUGUGUGAAGGAAACAGACCUCAUCCUCAUCCACUCCAACAAGCUGAACCUCACCACCUUCUACGGGCACCACGCUAGGCUGAGCGGCCUGGGUGACGCCACCGCGCCCGCUAUACAGACGUCUUGGCUUGUUGUGAAGACGGAGUAUCUGGUUCUUCAGCUACGCAGCAGACUAGCUGUUGGCGCUUCAUAUGAACUCUACACUGAAUUUCAGGGGGAGCUGGCGGAUGACCUGGAAGGCUUUUACAGGAGUGAAUACACCGAGGAUGGUGUGACGAAAGUUGUCGCUACCUCGCAGAUGCAAGCAACGUAUGCCAGGAAAACCUUCCCUUGCUUUGACGAGCCAGCCAUGAAAGCCGUCUUCAAUGUCACCAUCAUCCACAGCCGAGACACCACGGCUCUGUCUAACGGCAGGGAAAAUGGCACUGCAGACUCUGUCAUUGACGGCGUGCCUGUCAAAGUGACUACGUUUGAGCCCACAGAGAAAAUGUCCACAUAUCUGCUGGCGUUUAUUGUCAGUGACUUUGAAAAAAUUCAAUCAACCCAAAACAAGAAUUUGUUGAUCAGAAUCUGGGCUCGAAGAAAAGCCAUAGCUGACAAGCAGGGUGACUAUGCUCUCAACGUCACAGGGCCGAUCCUUAGGUUCUAUGAGCGGUACUACAACGCAACAUAUCCGCUCGCCAAGUCAGAUCAGAUAGCUCUGCCUGACUUCAAUGCCGGUGCAAUGGAGAACUGGGGUCUGAUCACAUACAGGGAAACGGCCCUGCUCUAUGACCCCAUCAUGUCCUCCACUGGAAACAAAGAGAGAAUAACAACUGUCAUCUCCCAUGAACUCGCACACAUGUGGUUUGGCAACCUGGUGACUGUGCGAUGGUGGAAUGACCUGUGGUUGAACGAGGGCUUUGCGUCAUAUGUGGAGUACCUCGGAGCUGACCAUGCUGAGCCCACCUGGAACAUUAAAGACGAGAUCAUACUGUCUGACGUGCACAAAGUGUUUGCUGUGGACGCCCUGGCCUCCUCCCACCCGCUGUCCCGUCGAGAAGAGGAGGUCAAUACCCCUGCUCAGAUCAGCGAGAUGUUCAACACCAUCUCCUACAGCAAGGGAGCGUCGGUGCUCAGGAUGCUGUCAGAGUUUCUCACUGAGCCUGUGUUUGCCAAAGGACUCAGCUCUUACCUGAACACAUUCGCCUUCGGCAACACAGUGUAUACGGACUUAUGGGACCAUCUCCAGCAGGCAGUUGAAACCACACCAGCUUUGCAUAUUCCUCACACCGUCCACAACAUCAUGAACCGCUGGACUCUUCAGAUGGGCUUCCCAGUGGUCACUAUUGACACCCGGACAGGAAGUAUCAGCCAGAAGCACUUCCUGUUGGAUCCAGACUCUGUAGUGGAGAGGCCCUCUCAGUUCAAUUACACAUGGUUUGUCCCGAUUAAAUGGAUGAAGACAGGUGUGGAGCAGCAACAGUACUGGCUUCUUCAAAAGACAGAUGCCCACAAUCUGAUGAGAGUUUCAGGAAAUGACUGGGUGCUGGCCAACACCAAUGUAUCUGGGUACUUUAGGGUGAACUACGAUCUUGACAACUGGGAUCGUCUCCUCUCCCUGCUCAACACCAACCAUCAGGCCUUACCAAUCAUCAACAGAGCACAGAUCAUAGAUGAUGCUUUCAACCUAGCAAGAGCCAAAAUAAUCAAUACAACAUUGGCCCUGAGAACGACCAAAUACCUGUCCAAGGAAAGAGACAACAUCCCCUGGCAGUCAGCUCUGAGAAACCUCGACCACUACAUCCUCAUGUUUGACCGCACUGAGGUUUAUGGAGCUUUACAGUCAUACCUCAAGAAACAAAUCCAACCACUUUUUGAGCACUUCAAGACGAUUACAGCUAACUGGACCAGAGUACCUACAGGACACACUGACCAGUAUAAUCAGAUCAAUGCUAUUGGAAUAGCCUGCAGUAUGGGUGUGGAGGGUUGCGGGCAGCUGAUCAAAAGCUGGUACAGACAAUGGAUGGACAAUCCACAUCACAACCCGAUCCAUCCCAACUUGAAAAGCACAGUUUACUGCAGUGCCAUAGCCUUCGGUGGCGUGGCGGAGUGGGACUUUGCCUGGAGAAUGUUCAAGAACGCCACUCUGGCAUCUGAAGCUUCCAGGCUCAGGGCGGCCAUGGCCUGCACCAAAGCACCUUGGCUUUUGAACAGGUAUCUGGAGUACACCCUAGACCCAACUAAAAUCCGCAAGCAAGACGCCACCUCGACCAUCCAGUACAUCGCCCGAAACGUUGUGGGGAUGCCGCUGGCCUGGAACUUCGUCAGAGCAAGAUGGAGCUACAUUUUCCAACAGUAUGGAUCAGGAUCAUUUUCCUUCGCUAAUCUCAUCAACGGAAUCACAAAGAGAUUCUCUACAGAGUUCGAAUUACAGGAGCUGAAGAAAUUCAAAGGAGACAACCUCCAUGUUGGUUUUGGCUCAGCCACCUUGGCCCUGGAGCAGGCUAUAGAGAAAACCACAGCCAACAUCAAAUGGGUGACGGAGAACAAAGCCCAUGUGCUGACGUGGUUUAUUGAAGAGUCCACAUGAGAACACUUGGACACUCAAAAUUACACACACUCUUUUUCUUUUUGUACAGUCAGGGAUACGUGAUGAAUGACAAUCACUAUAAUCAUCUUCUUCUUGGUAACGGUUGAGCAAAGACAAGUGACACACACAAUACCUCACUGGUCAUCCACUUCAGUGCGAAGGAACAGUCAUAUGAUGAACAGUGGGUCACAUGUAUUUCUAUAGAGAGCCUAAGUCACACCCCUUCAGGUGGACCCCCUUAUUUCGGAAAAAAUAUGAACGGUGGUCAACGAAGAGAGAUAGAUUUCUUUUUUUAUCUCGUUUGAAUUGCGCCACGAGUUACACAUAUGAUGUUUGUCGAUUUAAAACAUAAUUUUUCAAGUCAA